CGCGAGCCCGACGACCCGCACGAGGCAGCUGCGGCGGCAGCAGCAACAAACAGCAUAGCGCGACGAUCCCGAGCGGUCGUCUGGCGAGCCGAGCGAGGGGUGCUUUAUUGCACAAGGUGCUGUCGCAGCAGCGUAGAUAGCGCUCCUACAAUCGUGUGCGGUGACGAACGAGGGGCCGCUAUGUGCCGUUUCGUGGCGGUGUUGGCAACCGGGUUUCGCAGGUUGUUAUGCCCGUCAAGCGCACGCACACGGUAUUGACUAUGGUAGCAGGUGGGAGUGAGAAGGCCAAUUGCCUCGUGUGCGAACGGAGGUGAGGUCUUCCCUUUGCGCACACCCUCCUCUACUGCCACCCUUUCCCCACGCCAGCGCACCUCACUACUCUGCCAUCCACGAGAUAGUCGCCGCCGCAUUCAAGGGGCGGGCCGUGUUACCGGUGAAGGCAGUUUGCUCCUCUGGCGCUUUCGUUGAACUUGAGCUUCACUGCGCGUUCAGUCGCUAGUUUUCGAUCUCUGCAGUGCUCUUUUAGGGUCGUCCUGUCCUAGCUCCCUUGCCAGUACCCCCAAGAGCAGCCGCCGGUCUGCACCUUGUAAACACCUAUACCUGAAAUCUUUGAGCAGUAGCGCUAAAAAAUGAGUCCACCGCGGUUAAAGUCAUUGCGCGGAGUCGCGUCUUCUCGUCUCGCUGACUGUGCGCUCGGCUUCCUGCUAGUCUCCGCAUUCGUCGUCUCCGAAUCCAACGCGGCGACCGUAACGGCCGCGGCUCGUCCGCGCGUGGUCCUCAUCCUGGUGGAUGGCGUGCGUUGGGACUACCUGUCCGAACCGGACCUGCCAGGCUUCGGCGAGCUGGCCAAGACGGGAGUGAAGGCCGAGUACGUGGUGCCCAUCAUGCCGGCCAACUCCUACCCCAAUUGGUACAGCAUCGUCACCGGUCUGUACGGGGAACGGCACGGCUUCGUGCAGAAUUACAUGUACGACGAAAAGUACGAUGACUUCUUUACGAUGGCACCCAACCCGAAUGCAUCGCACCCGCACUGGUGGAACCAUGCGGAGCCAGUCUGGGUCACGGCGGAGAAAAACGGUCUCCGCACUGCAAUGUACUGGUGGGAUGGCUGUCAGGUGGAAAUACGAGGCGUCAAGCCGACGAAAUGCAUUCCCUACAGGGAUUACUGGAAGUGGCCUACGGUUGAAAACGACACUAAAGAUGCGCUGUCUGAAAUAGUGGACAAUUUUAAACAGAACAAAUUCGAUUUUGCACUUGUUUACUAUGAAGCCGUCGAUGCGGAAGGACAUGGCAGUGGUCCGGACUCCAUGGAGCGAAGACACGCACUCAAAAGCGCUGACAAUGUCAUCAAACAUCUGCUCGACGAAGCCAAGCGACAAAACAUCCGCGAUCAGCUCAGCCUCAUCGUAGUGUCUGACCACGGCAUGACCGACACCAGACCAGGAAAGUUCGAGCUCAUCGACAUCGAGCCGCAUAUUGACGCCAACGACAUUCAUUCCAUGCUCGACGGCGGGUCGUUCGCUAUGCUUCGGCCCCACCCGGACAAGAUUGAAAAGAUAUAUGCCAAGCUGAAAAGCUUGAACAUUAAAGGCCUCAACGUGUUCAAGAGAGAGGAACUGCCUGAGUUGUACCACCUCAAGGAGACGUACUUGACGCAACCCAUUGUCCUCACAGCAGAUCCGGGUUACCAGAUCAAGAAGCUUCAAGAAACUGAGAAGCAAGUACCCCGGUCAAAUAGGAUAUACAACGGUAAUCACGGCUACGACCCCAUGAAGCUCGAAGACAUGCGUGCCAUCUUUCUGGCCACCGGUCCAGGACUAAAGCAGGGCUUUCAGAGCGGACCUGUGCGCAUGGUGGACCACUACAACGUCAUCUGCCGGCAACUGGGCAUCCAGCCGCUCGAGAACAGCGGCAGCCAGGAGAGUGUGCGGGACAUGUUUGCCGGUGGAGCCAGCGGCAGCGCGGCCGCUUCACUCUCUCUACUCCUAGUCCCGAACAUCCUACUCGCGGCGCGCGCUUACUUAUAUCACUGAUGGUACACUGACCCACUGGUCGAAGAAAAAAAAAUUGUUGACCGCUGGUACGGUCACUUGCCGUGUCGUACAAGCGCCUCAUUUUUUUUUUUAUUUUAGCAGUCGCACUUUGCAUCCAGCGCUCAACGCGUUUUAUUUGAGGUUCUUCUCAUUGUGAUCGAUCUUUUUUUUUACCAUUUGUCUCUCUGUGUCGUAGACUUUGCCAAACUGGCCUAAACAGGCCCCGAACAAAACGCCACAGCUCCUUAAGCCUAUCGAACAGCCACUUUUCAGAGGUAUGCCAUCUUUAUCUUGAUGUUAUUGUGAGAGAACUAUUUUCAUGUUUAACUAAGCCUCAGAAAAUGAUGGGAGAUAAAUCAUACUUCGGUACGCGAGUUUUCACAAGAAAGUCAUAUUACUGGUGCCAAAUCUUGCAACUUCAAGAAAAGGUAUUAUGAAGUGCAGAAUGCAAUGAAUUUUUCAAAUUAAGAAAGCAUAUAUAAUGUUUCUAAACGAAUAUAAAAAGAACAAAUAUGCAACAGGACUCAUUUUAUCGAUGUGCAGUGCAGAAUAUUUUCACUGGUGACAUGUUUACUCACGAAGUCACUCAUUGCAACGCUCGGUAGCUUUAUUAGGGUUCGUAUGCAUUGACUCUCACCGGUGUGACAGAUAUUAGGUCCGUUGGUUUUUAAGAAUGGAAAGCUCUUGCUCACCGACGCUGUCAAAUUUCGCUCCGUCCUCCCCGUACCUAAUUUUGACCCAAUGUGAAUGCAUCGCAUUCGCAAUCCGUUUCAUUUCUUUACACAUUGUCGUGCAAUCUUUAAAACUAUUGCACAGGUGAUUGUGAUCUCUAUUCCUCUUCAGAAAUCACUGGUUGUACAAGAGAUGCUAUCGUUCGCUGUGAAUUUUUGUAUUUUUGCUAUGUAUAGUCUGGUGCCACAAUGACAGUUUGAAAAAAGGUAUAAUCAGUAAGGUAGUUCAUUGAAUUAAACCAGUUUACUAUUCUUUUUUCCUACAGUGGCUCAAAAUGAAGCUCAAGACAAGUUUGAGGGAUGCGAUUUCAGUUUGUUUUCCGAUAUUGAUGAUGUUGACGUGGUACGUCAAGCAGGCUUUGUAGCUCCAGACAUCAGUUUACUUGGCCGUGAUAUAUUUGAAAGAGUAACAUAUUGACCGCCAAUUUACUAGAGAAAUUAUGUGUUCUGUGUGUCAAAUAAAAUGUUUUUGUGUUUUUAAA